AUAUCUGCAGAGCAAUUGAGUUGCUGGAAAAAUUACAGAGAAGUGGAGAAGUGCCGCCACAAAAGCUACAGGCUUUGCAAAGAGUCCUUCAAAGUGAAUUCUGUAAUGCUGUGAGGGAGGUUUAUGAACACGUGUAUGAAACUGUGGAUAUCAGCAGUAGCCCAGAAGUUAGAGCUAAUGCAACAGCAAAGGCCACUGUAGCUGCAUUUGCUGCUAGUGAAGGUCAUUCCCAUCCCAGAGUGGUUGAACUACCCAAAACUGAAGAAGGUCUUGGAUUCAACAUUAUGGGAGGCAAAGAACAAAAUUCUCCCAUCUACAUCUCACGGAUUAUCCCUGGCGGUAUAGCUGAUAGACAUGGAGGCCUGAAACGUGGAGACCAGCUGCUUUCUGUAAACGGAGUGAGUGUCGAAGGGGAACACCAUGAAAAAGCAGUAGAACUGCUGAAGGCAGCUCAAGGAAAGGUUAAAUUAGUUGUGCGAUACACACCAAAGGUCCUCGAGGAAAUGGAGUCGAGAUUUGAAAAAAUGAGAUCAGCGAAACGCAGGCAGCAAAAUUAACAUUGUAUGCAAUAACUUAAAAUAUACUCUAUUUACAUCUUAUAGUUUGCUUUGUGACUCAGUCGAUCCAAUACCUGGGCUACAGAAGACACUGUCCUUUUCGUUGAUUUACGGAAUGAUUGAGCUUGAAAGGCCUCCUGGAGGUCAUCUAGUCCAACCCCCCAGCUCAGAGGAGGGUUAGCUAGAGCAGGUUGCUCAGGACAGUGACAAGCUGGAUUUUAGAGCAUCUCCAAGGAUGGAGACUCCAGAAGAUCUCUGGGCAACCUGUUCUAGUGUUUUGAUUUCCCUCGUGCUA